AUGUACCAGCAACCUCCUUACCACCCGCAGCCCACCUCUGCUCCAUCACGAUACACCUCUCCGCCGAUGCCUGGGGUACAGGACCCAUACCGCGCGGCACCUAUCGCAAUGCAAGCGCGGUCACCCUACACAUCCGCAAACUCGGCCUUAUCUCCCCCUUCCUCCUCCUCCUCCGGUUUCUCCCCCAUGCCCGCUUCAUCUUCCCGGCAUCACCUUCCUCCGAAUGCCCAGUACGCAUCUCGGUCCGGUGGACCUCGAUAUACUAGCUCCCCAGCUCCAGGGUAUGCUCCGACCCCUCAACAGAAGUACAAGGGCACCUUGGCGCCGGGCACGAUCAUCAAGGUCGGUGAUGCCCAAGUUCGGAUAGAGAGGUAUCUCUCCGAAGGGGGUUAUGCGCAUGUCUACCUCACGACCUCGGACAGGCCGGUGUAUCCCCCUUCGGUCGGCGGUGGUGGUGGGGGCACGGCGAGUAAAGGCAGAUGGGGAGAGAAGGGGUAUUCCCAGCAUUGUCUGAAGAGGAUUGCGUUUGAGGAUGAGAAGGUGUGGGUGGAUGUAAGACAGGAGAUAGAAGUUAUGAAAGCUCUCCCGCCCAAUCCACACUUGACGCAAUAUCUUGCCUCGGCGCACUCAAGACUACCAAACGGAGGGUAUGAGGUAUUCAUCUUGAUGGAGUUCUGCUCUGGCGGAGGUAUCAUCGACUUGCUCAACAAGCGAUUGCGGGACAGGCUGAAGGAGAUUGAGAUCUUGAACAUCUUUACGGACGUUUGCGAGGCUGUAGCUGCAAUGCACCAUCUCAAGCAGCCAUUACUACAUCGAGACUUGAAGAUAGAGAACGUAUUAUCUGCACCGACUGGGCAGUCCGCCUCCCCACAACGACCCACACCCCUCAUAUUCAAGCUGUGCGAUUUCGGCUCUACGACCUUCCCCUCAUCCCAUCCCCCGCAAAAUAAAGUGGAAGCAGAAGCGCUCGCGCUGAAUCUGAACAAGCAUACGACCCUGCAGUAUAGGAGUCCGGAGAUGGUGGAGCCGAUGUUGGGCUGGGCUGUAGGGCUGCCAAGUGAUGUCUGGGCAUUAGGCGUACUCCUGUACAAGCUGUGUUACUAUACCACACCGUUCGAGGAGCACGGAACACUCGCUAUCGUCAAUGCGAAAUACUCGUUCCCGCAGUACCCCGUCUACUCGCCAAAGAUACAGCAUCUGAUAGCUUCGAUGUUGGUGGAUCACCCAGCGAGACGUCCCAGCGUAUUUGAGAUCCUGAAUGUCGCGCAUGAGAUGAGCGGGACUCGGCCAGAGAUUGACUACCCUUUGCCCUCCCGGUCCUUCCCACCAUCAUCAAGUCAGCCCUCGAAGCCAAAGAGCACCUCCACCAACCUCCUCGACUUCACGUCCCCCUCUCCCACUCCAUCUUCCGCACCCGCCCAGCCAGACAUCACCAGUACGGUCCAGCCCCAGCGGCGCGGUCGCCCCACACGUGAACCGAGCAAUCGGCCCAUGUCUUCCUUUACCCCGCCCAUGUCUUCUACCUCGACUCCCAGUCUACAGCCUAUGUCCCAGCCGCCGGUCGUAUCGGCCGAGCCCAAAGCUUCGAAGCCGAAGAUGCGAGUCACAGGGGAGCAGGAGGUGCAAAAGGCGAAAACGGAGAAACAGCCCAGUAUCGAUGCCUUUGGGAUGCCCGCUAUGGCUGCGCCAGGCAAGGAGGCAUCCACCGGAUCAAGCGGGUUUGGCGAUUCCUUUGCUGCGUCUCAGCCAAAGGGCGUUGCGGGGAUAUCUCAGCGAUUCGGCGGUGGUGCACCUGCUCGGUCCGGGACGGCCGACUCGGGCUUCUCGGACUCUUUCACUGCACCCAAGCCGGCCUCGCAGCCGGUCCGCAAACCAAGUCACCGCGUCGCCAGCCCCGAGAGCACCUUGUCAUCGUCCCGCUCAAACCCCACGGUCACGACAGAGGCUGCCGCCGGCGAUCUCAGCUUCGAGACUCGGUUCCCCUCGAUCGACAUGCUCGACUCGGCGGACGGGGCAACCCCUCAACCAGCCAAGUCCGCAUCGAACCUCAUAUCUCCCAUCACGUCUCCUCCUAUCUCGAAACCGCCCCUUCAGCCCCGAGCGUCGAUGAUGGGUCACCUCACUGGGGAUAUGGCGCCCAAGCAUCAGCCACUAGCUGUUCGGGCAGAAGGCGGACCUCAGCCUCGCUCGACCCAGGUCACCGGGACGGCUUUCAAGGUGUCUGAUGAAACACCGCCGGCGGGUUCGAGACCAGUCAAG